AUGAUUCAAGUGUUAUUCUUACUCUAUCUUGCUGUGGCUGUUCUCGCCAAAGAGGCUGUUCAAGUCCUUCAAUUCGAUAACUUCGGAUAUUCGGGAGCUUAUUCACGAGUGAGUAAACUUAAUGACAUUUACAAAGACUCAUGCUCAUGUGAAGUUGAUUCAGAUCAAGUGACAUUUUCGGGUCCAAAUACUCCAUUGAAUGAAGAGGUCUCGGUUCAUUUUAGAGGUCCAUUGAUUUUGAACAAGUUUGGAUCAUACGUUUCAAAUGGGUUUACGCUUGGUGAUGACUCUUCGGGAGAUUGGACUAGACUCAGUUACUAUGAUGCAUCGAGUGGUACUGCUGAUAAUGUCACCUUUUUAACUCGUGCUGGUAAAAAUUCUUCGUGUUUGGGUUUUGGAUUGACUUAUGCUAGUGAUAAUGGAACUGGUGCUGCAGAUUCACCAACGGUUUUGGCUGAAGAUACUUUGAUCAACUCCAAUGAUGAAUAUGUAAUCUUUUCCAACAUAAGUUGUGAGGAUUCAGGAUUGGAUAAGGAUUGUGGAGUUUAUAGAUCAGAUAUACCGGCAUACCACGGUUUUUACGGAACCACCAAGAUGUUUUUAUUUGAGUUUAAGAUGCCAAAUGAAACCAAAACAUCAACCAAAAUUUCCAACUACAAUAUGCCAGCCAUUUGGUUAUUGAAUGCUCAGAUUCCAAGAACCGCUCAAUACUCAAUGAAUGUCAAUUGUUCUUGUUGGAGAAGUGGAUGUGGUGAAUUUGAUAUUUUUGAAGUGAUGAACACCACUGAAUAUCUUCAUUUGUAUUCCACAAUUCACGAUUAUCAAGGUACUGAUGAUAUUGAAAGUGGUAUAGCAAUCAGCUCUUACAUUGAACGUGACUUGACUGGAACCAUGGUUGGUGGUGUUGUUUUUGAUUCCAAUGGUGAUGUGUCUGUUUGGGUAAGUAACUCAACUUCAUUUGAUGAAGCUGUUGCGGCAUCAGAUGUGAAUCUGUGGUCAAACAAGGAUAGUUCCGCUGCCGCUACUACUACUUUGAGCUCUGUGUCAUUGGCUUUGACUACGGCUUCAGGCAGUUCAAGUAGUAAGAAAGGUGAAGGUUUCGCUUACAAACCUUCGGCAUUGCUCAAUUUACUUGCGGCUGGUUUGGUAUAUUUGAUUUAA